CGUUCGGGUCGGACAGACAGGGUGACCUAUAUCCUAGGCUUCGCCCUGACGGGGCUUCGCAAAAAACCCAUGCGCUGCAUGGUACCAGAGUCAUGGCGGUGGCCAUAGCGAGCCGGUGCGCCCCAUCGCUCAAACCCUUCAAGCAGUUUCUUCUGCCUUGUUCGUUCUGCCAGCAGAAAACCAUGUUGCAGAAAUAUACCCCUUGGGCAACGUCAGAUAAACAAUCUGGACAUUCUGAAAUCAGAAGCGAGAAGAGCGGGGAGGAAAUGAAGAGCAAUACUGCAGCCUCUAAGGACGACAAGGUUCUUCAUCUGGUGCGGCAUGGAGUUACUGAGAUGAAUGUGUUCCUGGGAUCUGCUCCGCAAGGUUUUACAGAUCCAUUGAUGUAUGACACACGGUUGACACCAGAAGGUCGAGAACAGGCCAAGUCGGUGAACAAGAAGGUGGCUGAGUUGGGACCAAUCGAUUUGAUAGUGACAUCACCUCUUACGCGUGCAAUGGACACCAUGCAACUGGCCUUUGCUGGCGUUGACGCCCCAAAGGUAGUGUGUGAGCUUGCACGAGAAAGGCUGUGGAUGGCGUCCGACAUUGGGCGCCACCCGAACGACCUUCUGCUCGAGUACCCGGCCCUCGAUUUUUCCUCGCUGGCCGAUAUCUGGUGGCACACUGACGGGAAAGGCGACCCGCUGGCCAUCUUUCCCGAGUCGCCUGAGAUCUUCCGGGCGCGCGUUGCAGCUUUCAAGGAAUGGCUGGCGGCACGGCCGGAGCGGACGAUUGCGGUUGUCAGCCAUUGGGGAGUUUUGUUUUCCUUAACAGGUAAGGAGUUCGAAAAUUGCGAGUUGCAUACUUGCAGACUCUCUGAUCUGAAACAUAUCUAUUUGACCUGACUGGUGAAAUCAUAUUUAUAAAUGCACGCAAACUAUUCUUAGGCACGCAGUCAAUUUUGACCCGUUUUGAGUUCGGCGCUAGUGCUCAGAUAGGCUUCAAAUGGUUCAAAUACCCGUCAGAGUUUAGCAGAGGUACGCGCUGGUACGCUGGUACGCACAUUGCGAGUCCCGAGGAUCACAAGAUAUAAACAGUAGAAUUACGGCUGUCAUACCAAACUUCCUAUGCAAUAUCACACUGAUUCCACA